AUGAUUCUCUCUCUCUCUCUCUAUCUCUCUCUCUCUCUCUCUCUCUCUCACUCUCUCCUGAGUUGUGUACUUGGUACUUUUUAUUGGGAAUGUAUCUCUCUCUUUCUUGAGUGGUGUACCUGGUACUUUUUAUUGGGAAUGUAUCUCUCUCUCUCUCUCUCUCUCUCUCUCUCUCUCUCUCUCUCUUUUGUGUACCUGGUACAUUUAAUUGGGAAUGUAUCUCUCUCUCUCUCUCUUUCUAGAGUUGUGUACCUGUUGUGUACCUGGUACUUUUUUUAUUCUCUCUCUCUCUCUCUCUCUCUCUCCUCUCUCUCUCUCUCUCUCUGGAGUUUUGUACCUGGUUCUUUUUAUUGGCAAUGUAUUACUCUCUCUCUCUCUCUCUAUCUUGAGUUGUGCCACAGGUACAUUUAUUGGGAAUGUAUCACUCUCUCUCUCGCACUCUCUCUCUCGCACUCUCUCUCUCUCUCUCACUUUCUUGAGUUGUGUACCUGGUACUUUUCAUUGGCAAAGUAUCUCUCUCUCUCUCUCUCACUGUCUCUCAUUGAGUUGUGUAUUUGGUACUUUUUAUUGAGAAUGUAUCACACACUCUCUCUCUCUUUCUUGAGUUGUUACCUGGUAAAUUUUAUUGGGAAUGUAUCUCUCUCUCUCAAUUUCUUGAGUUGUGUACCUGGUACUUUUUAUUGGGAAAGUAUCUCUCUCUCUUUCUCUCUCUCACACUCUCUCUUUCUUGAGUUGUGUACCUGUUACAUUUUAUUGAGAAUGUAUCUCUCUCUCUCUCUCUCUCACUCUCUAUUUGUGUAG